AGCAAACACGUGCGUUCAAUACAGCAUUGUUGCAGUUGAAUUGUUUUUUAUUCUAAUCAAAUAAAAAACAGAAGUAUUCAAAAUGAUAUCGAUACGAGAAAGGGUCUUGAUGAAGAAAAUAAAAAAGCGUGAACAAAUGAAAAAAGAAUUGGCUAAGAAAAAAGGGAAACCGCCAAAUAAUUUUGAUUACAUACAACAAUCGGUGGAUGCAGAUGAAGAGUGCAAUCAAGAUAUAUCGCCUAUAAAUAAAUCAAAAAAAGGCAAAAAGCAAUCGCAAAUAGAAGUCGUGAACUCUGACUCGGAAUUAGACUCCGAUGAAUCAAAUCAAAAUGGUGAUAGCAUAAAUGAAGACAGUGAAAUGUCUGAUUCAGAUGAUGAACCACCUACAGCAGUUGUUAACAAAAAACCCAAACAAAAUAAUGUAGCACAAGUUGGGAAACAAAAAACCACAAAUGAUAUAAAAGAAUCAAAUGAAGAUGAUGAAAAAAGUACACUUACUUUUGAAGAAUUAUUAUCUCAACGUGAUCCAAAUGAUCGUUCAUUUGCUUCACUCAAAGGAAUACUAACUGAAGCAACAUUGAAGGCAAUUUUAGAUAUGGGUUUUACUGAUAUGACUGAAAUACAAUCAAAGUCCUUGCCUCCUUUGUUAAGAGGUCGAGAUUUAGUUGGUGCCGCACAAACUGGCUCCGGGAAAACAUUAGCUUUUCUUAUACCUGCUGUUGAGCUUAUUUAUAAAUUGCGUUUUAUGCCACGCAAUGGCACAGGCGUUAUUAUAAUUUCACCAACGCGUGAAUUAUCUAUGCAAACAUUUGGGGUGCUUAAAGAAUUAAUGGCACAUCAUCAUCACACUUAUGGUUUGGUAAUGGGAGGUUCCAAUCGUCAUGUAGAAAGCGAAAAGCUUGGUAAAGGUGUUAACAUUCUGGUUGCUACACCUGGUCGUUUAUUGGAUCAUUUACAAAAUUCUCCAAAUUUUCUUUAUAAAAAUUUGCAAUGCCUAAUUAUUGAUGAAGUCGAUCGUAUCCUAGAAAUAGGGUUUGAAGAAGAACUAAAACAAAUUAUUAAUUUAUUGCCAAAAAAACGUCAAACGAUGCUGUUUUCUGCUACACAAACGGCACAAAUUGAUGCACUGUCCAGAUUGGCUUUGAAGAAAGAACCAAUAUAUGUUGGUGUUGAUGAUAAUAAAGAUGUGGCGACAGUUAGCGGCCUGGAGCAAGGUUAUAUUGUCUGCCCAUCUGAGAAACGUCUGUUGGUGCUGUUUACUUUUCUGAAGAAGAAUCGUAAGAAGAAGGUCAUGGUCUUUUUCUCAUCUUGCAUGUCCGUUAAAUAUCAUCAUGAGUUAUUUAAUUACAUUGAUUUGCCAGUUACAUCAAUACAUCCAUCUAUAUAUAUAGUAGAUAUAACUACAAAGUUGGUUGGUGUAACUUCAUAUGAUAUAGAGUAG